AGAAUGAAAUAUGUGUUGCUCUUCUUCACUUGUGUAAUAUCGUUGGUUUUGACUUUAUUCAAGAUUCUUCAUUUCUAAUAUAUAUACAUAAAAAAAAAUCUUAAUCUAAUGUAAUUUUUUGUUAAAAAUGAUUUGAAUAAACCCCUUUCCCCUUCUUAGCUCCGGUGCUGAACCCGUCUCCUCUAAAUCUCAACAACCAAAAAUAGAAAAUUCGUCAAGUAAGCUAAUCAUCAAUUCAUAUCUAAGUUAUACUAAAAUCUUGAAUCCGUCUCAGUUUCCAACUUCAGCCAUCUUCUCCCACAUGUUCUCUUAACAUAUAUAGACUGACACGUGUGCCAUACGCCUCCUAUUUUCCUCCCUUUUUGUCGUUUGAUAUUUUUCUUUCCAUUUUCUCUUUCUCUUCUAAUUUAAUUUUUGUUUUCUUUUUCUUCAUCUUCCGUUUAGUUUAAAAAAAGCAUGAGCUGGAGGGAGAUUCCGUGUGUGGGAUUCGAGCUGUAAUUGAAAACAGCCCCCCACUUCUUUACCUAUAUAUAUACAUAUAUAUCUCACACUUUGGUUAUUAUUCAUUUCACUGAAACAUCAAGAGUUUCUUCUUCUCUUCACAAGUUGUAACAUUUGUGGUACUAUAUAUAAAAAAACAUAUGGAGUUUGUUACCAUGUUUUGCUUAUUUGCUUUCAUGUCUUGUUCCCUUGUACUACUCCAUUCUAUCUUCAACCUCUUUGCUUUUGGUAUGAAGAAGUUGCCUCUUCCUCCUGGCACUUUGGGUUGGCCUUAUAUUGGUGAAACUUUCCAACUUUACUCACAAAACCCAAGUGUCUUCUUUGCCUCCAAAGUCAAGAAGUAUGGUUCAAUAUUCAAGACUCACAUAUUGGGAUGUCCAUGUGUGAUGAUAUCAAGCCCAGAGGCAGCAAAGUUGGUUUUGGUCACCAAAGCUCAUCUCUUUAAGCCUACAUUUCCUGCUAGCAAAGAGAGAAUGUUGGGGAAACAAGCCAUUUUCUUUCAUCAAGGGGACUAUCAUGCCAAACUGAGGAAGCUAGUUCUUCGAGCUUUCAUGCCUGAAGCCAUCAAAAACAUCGUCCCGCACAUUGAGUCCAUCGCGAUAACAUCCCUAGAAUCUUUGCAAGGCAGAUUGAUCAACGCUUACCAAGAAAUGAAGACAUACACAUACAACGUGGCACUACUUUCCAUAUUUGGUAAGGAUGAAAUGCUCUAUAGGGAGGAUCUCAAGAGGUGUUACUACGUACUCGAAACAGGAUACAAUUCGAUGCCAAUCAAUCUCCCCGGAACACUAUUCCACAAAUCAAUGAAAGCGCGCAAGGAGCUAGCAAAGAUCCUGGCCAAAAUCAUCUCACUUAGGAGGGAAACAAAGCAAAAUCAUACAGAUUUGCUUGGAUCUUUCAUGGGAGGUCAAGAAGACCUUACUGAUGAACAAAUUGCUGAUAAUAUCAUUGGUGUCAUAUUUGCUGCUAGAGACACAACAGCUAGUGUCCUUACAUGGAUCCUUAAAUACCUUGGAGAAAAUCCUAGUGUCCUACAAGCUGUCACAGAAGAGCAAGAGGGGAUAAUGAGGGAAAAAGAGGAGAAUGGUGAAGGCAAAGUGUUGAGUUGGGCAGACACAAGAAAAAUGCCUACGACUACAAGGGUGAUCCAAGAGACACUUAGAGCUGCUUCCAUAUUAUCUUUUACAUUCAGAGAAGCUGUUGAAGAUGUUGAAUUUGAAGGAUAUCUAAUACCAAAAGGAUGGAAAGUAUUACCAUUGUUCAGAAACAUUCACCAUAGUCCAGACAAUUUUUCUGAACCAGAGAAAUUUGAUCCUUCAAGAUUUGAGGUUUCUCCAAAGCCCAAUACUUUUAUGCCAUUUGGCAAUGGGACCCACUCAUGUCCAGGCAAUGAGUUAGCCAAGCUGGAGAUUUUGAUCCUUGUACAUCAUCUAACCACAAAGUACCGGUGGUCUAUGAUGGGCCCACAGAAUGGAAUUCAGUAUGGACCCUUUGCUCUUCCCCAGAAUGGCCUGCCCAUUAUGCUCUCCCACAAGACUUCAUCAUAAAUACACAGUAAAAUAAAUUUUCUAAAAUUAUUAUAGUAUUAUUUUUUUAAAAAAAAAAAAAAAAAAGCCAAACAUUGAAUUGAGGGAAAAUCUCUUCAAUUCCAGCAACAAAAGAUUUUCCCUCACAACUUGGGAGGAAGAUAAGAGAAAGAUUUCCUCUUCAUGAAGAAGAGGUUCACAAACAACAUAGUUUCCAACUAUGCCACUAGUCCUUAGAGAUUUUCGAUUUUCAAAACAAUAGUUAUUUAAGAAAUGAGAAAUUCAAAAAAAUUUGUAUAUAUAGAUAUAUAUAUUCAUUUUAUCUAACAUAAGUAAAGAGAGAAAGGAAUUAGUGUAAACAUAGGGAAAUUCCUAUUCUAUUUUUAUUUUCAUUUUUUCCUUUUUUUCUCUUGCUAUGUAAUUUUUCCUUUUAUUUUUGUAGAAUUUAUUUGUGGCAUGUAAAAAGUCCGCAAGGCAAUUAAGGAAAGUCUGAUUUUGGGGAGCAA